GUGUUUUCAUUUCAUCGGGCGCGCGGGGAAGAGUACGAUCAGAAAAAGUCCAUCGAUAUAGACUGCUGCCAAAACAAAGAAGGAUCUGAAAUAAUCAUGCUAACGAGGUCAGAUCUGAAUCAGAUUCUGAUGUCCUUGGGAUUCCCAUUAUUAGUCACCAAGUAUUUCACGACGUGAUAAACAACUGCAACACUUUGCUGCACUGCACUCUCCUAUGUCAUGAUCUAUGGAUGGCUUUGUCUGCUGAGAACUAACUCUACUAGAUGAAACUAAAAAGCAAAACAUUCCUAGUCAUUAUGAUGGCAGGUUUUCUUUUUGGAGAACUCCUCGGAGCAUCAGGCAGUUCAUUUGGAGACUUUGUGAGUGAAGCAUUUUUAACCGAUGAUGCACAGCUUAUCUACGAAGGUCGUACAAUUACCUACAGAGCCAGUCCCCGAAGGAAUGCAUUUCCAGUAUUGUAUGUGGGCAAGGCUGUCGACCAAGCCUCUGGGAUUACUGCUACGGCUGGUGAAAUAGAAAACAUCAGUCAUUCGGAAGAUGCAAGUCAAAAAGCGGUUGCAAAAUUACUAGCUGUUCUUCGAGAAAGAGGAUUGCUUCUCGACCAGGUUCAGAAAACUCUACCAAAUUCGUCUCCCACGAAUAUUGUACCUGUGGAGCCGGAACCCAAAGUGCCCGAGCCACAGCCGAGCGUAACACCGGAACAAGUGGAUCAGGAACAGGAUUCUGACGAUAGUUCUCGACAGCCAGACGACGAUGGGCAAGAUUCUAACUCUGUUAGUAUCCCUCCUCCUCUGUCUGAACCAGGCUGCGAAAGCUCCCAAGAUAAGAAGGAAAACGUGGGAGGUUUAGAGGAACCGCAUUGUGAGGAACGGAACCAAGACCAGGUGCCAGACGAGGAAUGCAGUAAGAGUGAUCCCCAACCAGACUAUCCAGGAUCUGAUGAGCCGGAAGAAGAGCAGGAGUUACUUGAUGGUUAUGCAGGUUGGUGGUCCAUACGUACAUUGAUGACUGUGGCUGUAGCGACCAUCGUUGCUUUAGGUUCCUGUUAUUUGUUAGACAGAUAUCAACUCUUGCCAGGCAAUGUCUCCGUGUUGUUGUCAGCCAUUUUUAGUAUCGCUGUAGCCGGUACAUUUGGGACUUCCAAGAUUCUUUAUGUAUUGUUUAAUGCUCUUUCAAAGGGUGUACAGAAAGCAAUAAACGUAACUCUAAAGCUGUCCAAAUCAUUCUCAAAUCUUCAAGGAGUUCUCCAGCCAAUUGGCGCUGUUUUUGAAGUUGUUCCUGAUUGCAAAGGAUCAUAUGCUGCAUAUGUGAUGAAAAAAUCGCACCCCACGACAGACAUGCUGGCACCAAAAUAUAACUACCAGCUGACGUCAACUUGUAAAGGGAUCGCCUUCAUUCUGAACAACUUUGACUUUGAUGAGAGCGAGCGAAAAGGCUCUGAAAUUGACCUCAGCAAUGUCAAGCACCUGUUUCUUGAGCUUGGGUAUCGGAUUGUUGUCCAUGAAAAUCUCACUGGAAAGAAAAUUGUGGAAUGCUUUCAACACUUUGCUGACAUGUUUAAUGAAGCCUCUUAUGACUCUGCUGUGGUUGUGUUGAUGAGCCACGGUGAUACCGGGGUGAUUCUGGGCACCGACCUUGUUAAGGUCAAGCUGCGAGACCUGGAGAGAGAACUGGAAGGGGACAAGUGUCGGGGACUGAACGGCAAACCCAAGAUGUUCUUUGUACAAGCAUGUCGAGGAGACCAUCCAAUAAUUGCACCUGUUGUUGCCGAUAGACCGUCCCCGGAUGUACCACUUGGUGAAGAGUGGGACUACCCUGAGUCUCUUGAAUGUGUACCAGAUAAUGAUUUUGUGACGCACACAGCUGACAGAGCGGAUGCUCACAUCGCUUUUUCUACAACAGAAGGUCACUGGUCAUUGAGGAGUGAAGUGAUUGGUUCUUUCUUCGUUCAAGCUUUGUGCGAGGUGUUCUUUGCCAACGCCCACCGGGACAAUUUGGAUACACUUAUGAACAAGGUUGCUUACAGAGUGGAUCGAAUGAAAGGAAGACUAUUUGACCAUGCAACCCUAAAAUGGAUCACUGUGAAGCAGACUCCAGAAUGUAUCAAACGAGGCAUGAGAAAGUCCCUCUACUUCCUCCCUAAAUACACGGCAGAAAAGAUAGCUACAUAACCAGGCAGGGGCAGAACAGGUCUGUGUGCUAUAGACGCCUAACUUGAGACGCACUGAGACAUUUAACUUGAGACUGAUUGCAAUACCAUGGUCUAUAUUUUAAGUUUAAAUCUUAAAUCUUAAGAACCUUUGUUGCAAGCUUGCUUUAAUCUGUGCUUUGUUUUGGUAAGUCAAAUGACGCAACAUAACUUUUGCCUAGGCUCAAAACAAAAUUGAAUGACUUCAGCAGCAUUCAAUUUUGCGUGAAAUAGGUUUGGUGGUUAAAUUGGCUUCUCAUUUGCCGAAAUUUACCUAUAUUAGAAAACCCAUAUUAGGGUUGAAAUUCCAGGCCACUUGUCUGCAUUUAUAAUGUCUUUUUUGUGUAAUUUGUACUCGAUUCCUAUUUACCAUCUUAUAUUUGGCAAUUGCACAAAAUAAAUGUACAUUUAUUUUGUUUUAAUUGUAUUCUAUUAAACAUCAAUAAGCCCAAUUGCCAAUGGACCGAUCCGGCCUGUCAAUCAAACUGUGCUCGUUCACCUAUUUGACCAAUCACAGCAAUGAUUGUGGU